GAAGAACGUCACUGCGUGGCUCCAGUAUACAAAUACGUGCAGAAUCAGAAGCAUCAACUUCGAAGGUUCUCAUUGAAUUCCAUUGAUUCCCGCGUGAGUAUGUCCUUCUUUCGACCACCGUUAAUUCCGGGUAGAAUACAGAAGACUCGUUCAGAUAUCCUCAAUUCUAUCGACUCCUUGGAACGAGCCCUGCGUCUAGCUACUACACUGCUCUCCCCGAACAUCUGUUUCAUCAUCGCCCAUCUAACUUCAGCUAUUAGAAACAUCCGGAGCAAUAUCAGUGACAGCAUUUGCACAGACGACUACUUUCCUUUAUCCAGUGUUGAAAGUAUGGCAGGCCUCAUGGCGCCAAUUCUAUUUCCAACGCUCUCUGAAACGAAGGUCACUCGUAAUUCAGGCGUGGAAUGUUGCGAAUGGAGGGAGGUCCUUUUGUCCACUCUCUUCUCUGUCGACGAUGGGAAAUGUAUCGAACCCAUUGAACUCCUUAGUGACGUG